GGCGGAGCUGGGGGUGUCGAGAAAUGGAGUGUGUGGGAACGAAGAGGACCGGGCGAGGUUUGGGGUUGGGCGGGCCUGAGGCUCGGGUGAUGCCCGCUCUCGGAACUCGCCAGGGCGAGGCCUGGAGACUCCGAGGUCAUCGGUUCCCACCCCAUCCAGAGAGCAGUCGUCAUGGGGGUCGGCGGUUGAGGUCUGUCCCCUGAUGCUGAGUGCUACGGGAAUAGUGGACCCGCGGAAGCACCGAAAUUGUUCAUCCCUGAAUUUUCGCUUAGUCCUCCCUUCAGUCCUUCCUCCUUUUGUGGAUUGAAAAGGCCACGUGAAGUGCCGGAAUCGAACCUGCGCAGGUCUUUCACAAAGCCUGUAUCUAGGAUCUCUUCAUGGAGAUCCCCCCUUCCCAGGGCUCUUAGAGGGAGCUUCAGAGAAGGAAACCCUCCACGGCCCCACCCCCGUGACUGCUCUCGCCAUGAUCGGCGUUCACCUCCUCCCCAGGCCGCUGACUCUUAAACCCGGUUCUGCAAAAUGCCUCUCACCUCCACUCCUUUCCUUUCAUUCAUUCUUUCUACAAAUAUUUACUGAGCAGGCUUUAUGCUUAGUGCUGGAGACACAGCAAGUGCGAGACAGACGGGCUCUGCUGUCUUGGAGUUUACAGUCUGGUAGGAGAACAAAAGCCAAAUGCAGUUAUGAUUCGGAGACUGCGGUGGUGGCCAGCAGAGCCCAGGGCUGGAAGUCAGGAGCCCGUCCUAGUCCCGAUCCUGUGGACUGACCCCUCGUGUCGCUGUGGAUAAGACCAGGUCACACGUGCCCAACUUCAGCAUAACAGGGGACAGCCGGAGGCUGAAGGGGGCCAUCCAGAGGAGCACGGAGACGGGCCUGGCGGUGGAGAUGCCCAGCCGGACGCUGCGCCAGGCCAGCCACGAGUCCAUCGAGGACAGCAUGAACAGCUACGGCUCGGAGGGCAACCUUAACUAUGGGGGUGUUUGCCUGGCGUCGGACGCCCAGUUCAGUGACUUCCUGGGCAGCAUGGGGCCAGCACAGUUUGUGGGCCGCCAGACCCUGGCCACCACGCCGAUGGGGGAUGUGGAGAUUGGCUUGCAGGAACGGAAUGGUCAGCUCGAAGUGGACAUCAUCCAGGCUCGGGGACUGACAGCCAAGCCAGGCUCCAAGACACUGCCAGCGGCCUACAUCAAGGCCUACCUGCUAGAGAACGGCGUAUGCAUUGCCAAGAAGAAGACCAAAGUCGCCCGUAAGUCGCUGGACCCGCUGUAUAACCAGGUGCUGCUGUUUCCCGAGAGUCCCCAGGGCAAAGUCCUGCAGGUGAUCGUGUGGGGCAACUACGGGCGGAUGGAGCGGAAGCAGUUCAUGGGCGUGGCCCGCGUGCUGCUGGAGGAGCUGGACUUGACCACCCUGGCCGUGGGCUGGUACAAGCUCUUCCCCACCUCCUCCAUGGUGGACCCAGCCACAGGCCCCCUGCUCCGGCAGCCAUCCCAGUUGUCCCUGGAGAGCACCGUGGGGCCCUGUGGCGAGCGAUCUUAGUGCUGGGGAUGGGGAGGGGCUCCCCAAGAUGGCCUGAGACCGCCAAGCCCCGACCUGGGACCCCAGGCCCAGGGGCACGUUGAACAGAGGAGGCCGGGGUUUUCCCUCGCAGCGGGGAAGCAGAACGGGGAGACCUGCCCCCAGGGCCCCCCCUCACCCCUUCUUUGCCUCCUACCCCCCGAGACCUUCCCUCUCCCGAAGGGAUUGGCUGCACUUUGACUUGGCCGGCUCUUGACCUGGUGGAUGUGGCUGCAAUCUGGAGAAAGGAAAGAUGGAGGUGGCAGAGCACACCAUUCUCCUGCCCCAGACACUGUCCGACCGCUCCCCCCUUUUGCCUCCUGGGAAGCUCGCUGCCCGGAGCCAAGUCCAGAACCCAGCGGCCAUCUCCAUGGUGCCAAUUACCAGCAAGUGUCUUUCCUGCGGCACCGGGUUCAGGCAGCUACUCCUGCCCCAAAGCUGAUGGGGCAGCUUUGCAAGGAUCCGGAGCCAGCUCCGGGGGGGCCCAGAGCCCCCCACUUGAGAGGAGCUCAGGCCUCCCUCGCCUGCCCGUGGAAGGAGCUUUGCCGCAGCCUGUCCAAGUCCAUCUGUCCGUCCCCUCCUGCCUGCCCCUCUUCCGGUAGCUCUAGGAAUUGGGGUCCAGCAGGGACCAAAGGAAAGAGGUGGUGCCCGGGGCCUGGCACAGAUCCCCAGGGUGCCUUCUCAUGGGAUUGCAACAAGCUACUUUGGAAACUGUUGGUGGACUGGAAAGGACUCUGUCGUCUGUGUUUUUGUGGAGAAGCUGCAGGACCCUGAUUUUCCAGAACCCUGAGCCCAGAGGGCCCACCAUCUCUGCAUUUUGGGGAUGCUGGAGUGGAGAGGGAGUCUGAGGAAAGCUGGGCUGGGACUGGAGGUGCCAAGGCGAGGGUUCCAAAUAGGAGAAUCUCUCCUUGCUGGAUGAGGUCAAAGUUUAUCUUGCCCACCCCUCUGCUUCCAGGCUAGGGGUCUCGGGAGGCAACACAGCUCCCCUAUUUUAGUCUUUUUAAACCAACCAUCCUGUACUAAGGGCAGAACCCACUGCCCCGGCCUCAGUUAUCUUGGCUCAAGGAGAGAAAGAGUAAAGAGGUAUGAGUGUAAGAAUCAGAGAUUCCUUCUCAAGCAGGCCUGGGUAGCUGCCUGCCCAGCCCAGCCCUCCCCGGGGCCAACAGAAGCCCUUUUGCAUGCUGGGGAGGACGCAGGCUGGCCCCUCUUUGUAGAAGCACAUUUCUGCCACCUCCCCGGAGGCACCCAGCAGCCCACCACCCCUCAUUACCCAGUCCCUGCUGUGUAGGGUGUAGUCCAGGUUAGCUGGGUAGUUAGUGCUCCAAGCCCUGGGGCCCAUUCUUAGCUAGCACAUAGUCCUUACAGAGCCCCAGGACGGGUGGAGAGGAGACGCAAGUGCGUGCCAGGUGUCUCCUCGCUGACCUGGGCCUGAGCCUGGUUCAUAGGAGGCCGGCCCCUCCUCCUCAUCCCCCCUAACCCGUAGGGUUGUAGCUGGAGCUGCCCAUUAUACUCAGAUGUUCUGAUUUAUUAUCUUUGGUACUGAUUUAAUUUAUGAAGCACUCCUGAGGGUUGUGGGCCUUGGUGGAGGGGGCCUGGGCUCCAUUAGAGGGGGUUGUUUUCCCAUGAGGAUGCCCGGCUGUGUUCGGUCCCACCUUGUCCCUGGUCUCACUCUAGGCUAUUGAUCAGGCCAUUCGUUCCAGCUGAAAUUCCUCCCCUCCCCUCUGCCUGUUUAAGCCCUGGGUAUCCUUUAAAGCUCUGGAUGAGUUAUUUCACCUCCACGGAGCUUCUCACACUGCACUGGGCAGGGGAGAUGGCGAUGCCCCUUUAUCCUGGAGGUCUUCAGGGCUUCCUGGGAUUGUGGUGGGUGGGAUCCUAAGGCUGAGGGCAGGAGGGAGCAGGGUUCUGGACGGACUCACACCUGAAGCCCAGAAUCAGCCCCUCCCUGUUUGUCUUUUUAACCAGUGUGAUUUCUCUGCUGUUCGUUUAUUACUCGCCAUUUAGAAUAUUUUGAGCCAGGAGAGCGCCUUCUCUCUCCUGCCAUCACUGCUCCGGAUGUUCAAGGUUAGCUUUUCAGAGGACGUGGAGCCUGGCUGUCCCAACCAGAGGGAGAGGGGUGGGGCCCCCAGCCUGAGCCCGCCCUCUGGUGUCUGCACAGCCUUUAUAGAGAGAGAGAGCGCUCCAAAGCAAUAACAUCAUCCUGGGGGUGGUCACCCCCCACGACUUUCUUGUUUGUUCUGUGAAAUCUCCGCUCACCUCCUGGAGGGGUGGGGUGGGGGCUGGAGCCCUGUUUCUUCGUAUCAUCAUUGUGAGCACGUGCUCCUCCCCUCCAAGGGGCUCUGGCCAUGUGGUGUGGACCCACCAGCUGUCCUCACCAAGGGAUGGGGUUUCCAGGAGGGGGUGACUAUUAUCAGCUUUGGGGAACCUUCAAGCCCCACUGCCAUCUGAUCCUUUGCCAGCUCAAACUCCACCCUCUGGAGAGGAGCAGAGAGGUGGAGUAGGGGAGGGGUGGGGGGCCGGGUCUCUAGGGGACAAUUCUUUUUUCAGGCUCUGGGCCAAAGGUCACAUGCAGGGGUCCUGAGGGAGUGAAUCCUCACCACUUUCCUUCUCCAGAAUCUGCUUUUCAUACAAAAGGGAAAGGGGCUUUGGGACCAUUAGUGAAGUCAUUUCCAUUUUACAGACAGAAGACCAAGGCCCAGUGUGGGGAAGAGCCGCCUCUGGGGUCACCUGUGAGUUCAGUGGCACCCCCAGCCUGGGCCGCCUCCUCCCACCUGAGGCUGAGCUGGAGCCAGGGCAGGACGAGGUGGGGACACCAUUUCCCAUGACGCUUCCUCCUCCCUUGUCUCCAUGGAGCUUCCCAGUGGCCUUGGAAGGAUGGGCAGGGCGAAUUGUAGCCCUUCCGAGUGGUGAACAAACUGAGGCCCAGAAACAGGAAGUGACUUGACCAAGACCCCUCAACAAGUGAGUGAUGGGGACAGAACCAGGGGCGCCAUUGUGCUUCCCUCCUUCACGGGACAGGAGGCCAUUGCUCCGGGCAUGUCUGCCAUGAUAAGUAUUUGUGGCCUUUAAGCCUUGGGCCACCCAGCCCUGCCUGGUUCCAUCUCAGCGGGCCAGUGACUUUUCUGGGCCUGGGUUUGGGGGAGAAGGUUGCCAUAGAGAAUAAGCUCUCCUGGGGGUCUAGCCCAGCUGACUGAGCGUGCACAGGAUUUGGUCCAGGCCUUGUUGUUUGGGUGGGGGCUCCCACCAAGGGGCUAUAACCUGUCCAGGACCUACUUGAGGGAGGCAGGACCCCCGUUCCUGCCCACGGCUGUGUGGGAGUGAGGCAGCUGUGGGACACCUCAUCUUAAGGAAAUCCUCACAACCUUCAGAUUAAUAAUACCUGAGCUUCCCGUAGUGCUUUUCAAACUUUUUUGUUUUCAAAGUGCUUUUACCUCUAGUACACCCGCACAAAGCUCCUGGGGCAGUAAGAGGGGGGCCCAUGUUAUCAGCCCCAUUUUAAAGAGCCCUGUUGGGGGGAGGGGGAGGCACCUGUUAAGGUUUCACUGUGAGUUAGUGGCUGAGCCUGGACUGGAACCCAGUUCUCCAACAGCUCAGAGCUCACUCUUCUCCACAAGGAGGGGAAGCAGGCAGUUUGGGGUGGUUAUGCAAGCUGAUUGGCCAUCCAGCUCCUUAAACCAGGAGCUCCUGGGCGCAUUUCAGUGUUCAGAAGCAGCUCUGAGCCCCACUCCCUUUGGAGCACAGCUGUUGCGUCCAGCAAGGCCACCUGCAUUUAUUUAUUGAGCAGCAGCGCUGUGCCGAGCCCAGGGGACCAAGCGCUCCCUGUUCCCCUGUAAUGACUCCUGUGGCCCUCUGGGAGGGCCCCAUGUCUGUAUAGUGGCACCUCAGAGUGGACGGAAAGCUUUCAUGUCCAUGAGCUCAUCUGACUCACAGACCCCAUGGGGAGGCUGACUGCCCGUUUUACUCAUAGCUUCUGUGAGGCAAAGUGGAGACUUGAACCCGGGGCCUCAGGCAUCACGCCUGGAGCCCUUUCACUCUACCACUGCCUCCUCAGGGGGUGGCCGGAAGGCAGGACCCCAGGCCCUCAGGCUGGGGCCUCCCUCCCUCCACCCACCUUUCCCUCAUUCCCUCUCUGGGAGCAGGAGCCACUCGGGCCUUUGGGGAGGGAGGGUUUCCAGGGCCCCUGGGUUGGAGUGGGUCACGUUGCAUUGUGUUCAUGACCAUGUAGCUCAUGUUGAAAAUUAAAGUUUUUGGCUUUUCUAA